GACCCAAAAGGUUCUGGUGUCUCUCCUCAGUGCCCUGGGGAAGGUUCUGGAAGGUCGGGCGGCGUUGAGGACCUGCUUCGACAGCGCUUUCUUCCUGCGGCCACGGGAGCAGAUGCAGGUCCUGGAAGGGCACCUCUACACAAGGACGCUGCAGGCCAUGGACACCAUGCUGGAGGAGAUGCUUCUGGGCUCUCCCAGCUCCACCAUCGUUCUCCAGGAUGUCCUGGAGGUUUUGCUGGAGUAUUUCUUCUUCGACACAGCGGCCGUGCAGGAAAGAGUGAUGGGCAGGAUUAAACUGCUGAGCCGUUUUUUAUCCGACUCUUCCAUUGUGCAGGAGGAGAGCGGCGCUGCCGGCGGACAGAUCCCGGCGCUGGGCAAGCUGCUGGGCCAUCUUUUCUUGAAGUUGUUGAGGAAAGAGGAAAGCAGCGGGACGGUGGUGGAGAUCCUCUGCUCCCUCAUGACCUUCCUCUCCCGGCAGAAACGCACCAAGCUGCCAGAGGUGCACGCGGAGCUCCCGGCGUUCUGGGAAGCCGAGAUCGCUUCCUACCUGGAUAUGCCCAGCAGCUGGACGGUUCAGGCCUUUGGGAGAUACCUCAGGCCUGCUGAGAGGACAGACAUCAUCCUCACCGCCAUCGAGAUCCUGGGACGCUCCAGCCUCCUGGACAAGCGGGUGCCAAUGGAGUUCCUGGAGGUGGCCAUGAAAUCCCCUGAGCUGUGGCUGGUGGAUGUGCCAAAGGUGGUGAGACACAUCUUCACCUACUGCGACGAGAAAAAUGCCACAACCGCUCGCUGCUUCCACGCCCUGCUCGCCCUCAUGGCCAACCUGUGGCCUGGGCUGGUCGUCACCACAGCUCUGGAGGCUGCGCCGAUACUCAGCGAUAAAGUCUGUCUGUGGGAGGCCAUGUUCUCCGUGCGCCAGUCUCUGGAGAAGGUUCUGAGGGAGCUGCACAUGAAACUCUGGGACCACCAGAAGGAAGUCUUCACUCAGCAGCAGAAGUCCUGCUUCGCUUUCUUGGCUAUGUUGGCGUCUGGAGACGUUCUGGAGAAGAAAGUGGGCUCGUUGUACAAGAGCCUGAAUCUUCUGAGGUCUUCAAGGAUGGAGAUGGUUCCUCUGGUGCUCAGGGCCCUGGUGACGCUGUCAGAGGGAGCUGAGACGGCAAGGAAAAUGAGAGGCCUCCUCCCCGAGCUGCUGAAGUUCCUUUGGCAUUGGUCCUGGGACAUCUCGGUGAUGGCCAUGGACACCUGCCUGAACGUGCUGGGCCAGCUGAGGAGCAGCGAGGCCAGCCCCGUGGUGGCCAAGGUGGUGCAGAACCUCUGGCGGCUCUUCGAUGCG